UAAGGUGUCCUGGUCUGCAAAAGAAAAACCUGAUAUCCGCGACAUUGUAAAAGUCGUAUACUUGAAAGAUAAGAGGAAGAACCUAAUCAAGCUUGAUCAACUUGAAGAAGGAAAGAUUAUGUUGAACUGGCGAGCAAAAACAAUGAGUGUUUUUGUAUUUGUUUAUUCGCAGUCAGUCAGCUCAGUUGCUAUUUAGGACGAGGUGAAUAAGUGUCUUCUGCAACCAGCUGUAAUUGAUAGAGCAGAAGCUCCUAGCAAUAUUAAUUUGGAUGAUCUAGUUCAAGAGCUAAAGAAGCAAAUGCCAACAACCAAAAUGAGAGGUGGUUUGGUCGCUACCCAUAGCAGAAAGUACCCGGUUGGAAUGUACGCGCCAAGGAUUAACUGUUGCGCAAAACAUUGCAGACAACCUGUCUUCUAAUGUUAAAGAGCUUUAUGAUAAAACUGAUCAAUUGUCGAAUUUGGCGUUUGAUGUUAAAUUAGUGUCCCAAGGUUUGAAAGAAAAGUUAACCCUUAAAUGAAUACUGUUGCCAUUUGGCUACAUACCGAACUCCGUGAUAUAAAGCAAUAACAAGAGGUAUAUAUCGUAUCCAUACAGGAAAAAUGUGUACCAAGGAAAAAGGAGUUUCAUGCAUUUAAGGGUGAAAUAUUUGAGCCGAGAACUGAGAGAACAAUUCGGGCUAUCCGGAAUAUCCAGUGAAAUUUGCUGCUGCCAUGAACCUAAUUGAACAGUUCAAAAAUACAACGCUAAGCCUUCCGAAGCUUCCCGGGCACUAUGUUGAUACAAUCCGUUCCGAGAACGGGCUAGUGCCACAGGAUCACAUGCAAUGCAAUUCGAAGCAGCCCUUUGGUACAGGACCAGUAUAUAAAACUGGGAUUCUCAGCUAUAAGGUGCUAGCCGAAGGAGAGGGAGUGAAAACGGUCUACGAAAUGUCCAUGAAGGAACCAACGAACAUGGAAGAGUACUACCCCGGUGAUACAAUUGGAAUACUUACACAGAAUCUUGCUUCUGACGUUGAUUUCGUUUUGGAUCGUUUACAUUUUGUAGAGAUUGCAGAUUGUGUAUACGAAGUAAAACUUGCAAAGCCUGUAAAAAAGAAGAACCCAGAAAUUCCAUCCUAUGUGCCGAAAUAUAUCACUCCCAGGCGGUUGCUCACGGAGUGUCUUGACUUCAGAAUUGUUCCGCGAAAGCUGUUUUUGCAAGUGUUGGCCAGUUACACAUCAGAUCCGUGUGAAAAACGUCUGCUUGAGAUUCUAGCAUCGAAAGAAGGAGCUAGUUUUUACAAUGAAUUCAUUUUAAAAAAUGAACUGAAUUUUCUUCACCUACUGAAGAUUUUGUCCUCCUGCAGACCUUCUCUAGCCAUGUUGAUUGAACACUUUCCGCGCCUGCUAGCGCGGCCAUAUUCAAUCGCAAAUUACAACCGCGGAGGCGGACAAAUACGUAUCGUCUUUGCGAUGCUUAAUGAUGGAAAAGUUGGCAUCACCAGUACCAUGUUUGAAAAUAAGUUACUAUAUGCCGGACGGUAUGACAAAUAUUUGUACAUGUAUCUUAGGCAAACCAAACCAUCUUUCCAGUAUAAGGAAGAAGAUCUGGAAAAGAAUAUCAUAAUGAUUGGACCUGGAACAGGGGUAUCACCGUACUUGAGCUUUCUAGAGUAUCGCAAAAGAGCUAAGCAGCUAAACAAAAAGGCAAAACUCGGAUCUGCAAUACUUCUCACAAGUUGCAGACACAGAGAACGGAAUUAUUUAUUUCAGGACGAGUUACAACAGUAUAUCCAAAUGGGCUUAUUGGACAAUGUUUACGAAGCGUUUUCGAAGGACCCCGACAGUAGGUAUAAAUUCGUUCAGGACAUUAUUGAGGACCAGAAAGAGCAGUUUAUCAAAAUGCUGCUGGAAGACAACACCAAGCUAUAUCUGUGCGGAGAAGGUAGAACCAUGCUGCCUAGAAUACAGGACAUGAUAUCCACCUGUCUGAGUAAGAUGCAAUGCAUUCCCAAGGUGGAGGCCGAUGCUCUCAUGGCAGAGUACAAAAAAACGGGCAAAUAUAUGUAUUACUCGAUGAUCCGUUACUAAUCUCAGAAUAAAUUAGUUUAAACUGCCUAUCUUUGAUUCGUUGCACUGUGGCCUAAGGGUUCAACAUGUAACGUCUUGUGUUUUGCCACAGUUAUUGCAAAAACAAUUUUCAAUUAUACAUUAAAAUAAAUUAUAGCUGAGUUUUGAUGCCAUAAAUAAAUAUACUAAAGAGAA